AUGGUUGUUAUUGAAGGUAAAAUCGAUGCAGAUGAAGCUAAUGCAGAUGAAACUAAUGCAGUUGUAACUGAAGAAGUAGAUGAUAUUGAUACAAAAAACAAGGCUGGUGUAAGCAAAGUCAGUUUGGAUAAUCUACGUUCAUUAGCUUUUACACCUUGCUCAUCUGAUGAUUAUCUAGAGUGCUCUUCACUUCAAGAACUUCCAAACAAAAAACACAAAAUGUCAACCGCUUCUCACGAAGAAGUAAGCAAAGAAGAUGCUACUGGUCUUCAGUAUAUGGAACCCAAACAAAUCUCAAGUGCCUCACUCUCAGAACAUAUUGAGGACUCAAAAGAAUA